AUGGGUCAUGGAGGCGACGGUGGUGACGAGCCACCACAUCCGUUCGGUGGGGGUUUUGGUGAUCACCAAAACGAUGUGGUGCUUCCGAAACGAAGAGGCAUGACGCGUUGGAAUGCUACUAUUGACCGUUUCUUAACAGAAAAACAUCGAAAACGAUCCGCUGGAAACAAAGAAUUCCGGAAGAAGCAAGUAGUGAAUAAUCGUGGAGGGACGUGCAGCUACGGUAGUGCUUGUUUCAAGAAAAAUCUGAAUAGACUAGAAGUAUUUCAUCGUACGCAUGUAAAUAAAAGAGGGGAAUUUGUUGAUCCAUUGGUUGAAGAGCAAUAUGAUGCCUUAGUUGCUGAGUCACAGUCACAAGCAUCGCAACCAACACAGGAUGUUGAUGUGAAUGUUUUUCUUCAAAACUCGGCAUUUGUGACGGCCAUUGGAGACAUUAUUCGCCCGUUUAAAAACCAAGUCAACGAGGAAAAUAACGAUGAGGAGGACAGUGGGGAAGACGAAGACAACUAG